ACAAAAUAUGGACCCAGAAAAGUAACUGAUGGAUUAACCAUUAGAGGAGGAGUCUGAUAUGGACGAGGAUGAGAAGAGAUAGAAGGGAGAUUGGCAUUAACAAUUGUAUUAAGGUGUAUUUAGCCGAUUAGAUUGACUGCAUGUUAGAAAGGAGAUUUAACAGCAGUCUAGCGUUGUUUAGACAAGAGAGCUAAUGUUUUGUAUGAGGAUAAGAAAAAAUGGAAUCCAUUAAUGUGGGCAUCGUGUAGAGGGUACGCAGAAAUAGUGCGUGUUUUGUUGUCUCGUUAAGCAGCAGCACCAUAUGUUCCAGAAAUGGCGUUGAUAUUGUAGAACUUCGCAUAGACCAUGCCUAUUUAUUCAAGUCCAAUGAAUUAAUCAUCUCCAAGCAAGUCCACCUAUUUCGGAGGGAGUCCUGGAGGUGGAGCUUAGUCAGCAGUGUUUAGUUUUCAAUAAUCACAAUUAACAAAGAAAGUGGUCUAAGGAGUUAUAAAUCAAUAAGUCCGAUCGACACCAUUGAUGUGGGCUUGUUUCAAAGGACACGUGUAGGUUGUUUGGUUGCUAUUGAAGGCAGGAUUGAGUUGGGAGGUAUAAGAAAUUAGAGAUGUUAAUAUAGGAUGUGGAUCAAUUUGGAAAUAACAGUGUUCAUUUGGCAGCAUCAGGAGGGAACUAAGUGGUGUUCUAGACACUGCUAUUUUAUGGAGUAGCUGUAGACAGACCAAAUACAAGGGGACACACUGCAAAGGAUUUGGCAACGAAUGCUUAUAUAUUACAGUUGAUUAAGUUGUUGGAGGUGAGUGGUUAGACAGCUAAAUAUUUCUGUAUGACUUGUAGAAAAUUUUGGAAGCAGGAGGAGUACAGAAUGGAAUGGGUCUAUGAAAAUGCCGAUUCUACUGAUUUGGAGAAGCCAGAAGGGAGAUGCUAGAAUUGUUGGAAUACAAUAAGGAAACAUAAAGAAGAAUUGUUGAGCAUAAUCGAUAAAUAGGAUCAUAAAUUGUUGACAGAGAAAUUGAAUGAGAUUGAGAAGGGAAUAGUGAUUAGGAAUGAGAAUGGGAAGGAGGAAUUCUAAAGGAUAGAGAUCGAUCCCAAGAAUUACAAGUUUGCUUUGAUUGAACAGGAGAAGUUGAGGACUUAGAAUGUGAUAUUGGAUUAUUUGAGUACUCUGAAGCAUGUGCCUAAUUAUAAGACCAUCUUGAAAUCUGUCAAUUAGAUUCAGGCUAUGUUGGAUGAUGCAGUAAAUAGGGGUGUUAAGAUUGAUGCUCAUGUUAAGGAGGAGGCUGAGAAGGAGAUGGAGAGACUUAGAGCAGAGGUACAUUUAAAUAAUAUCGAUAGAGAAAUCUAUAAUUCGAGUUAGAUAACUUGGAUAUUGGAUUGUCAACACCUGAACAAGUGGUUGUCUUGAAUGAUAAAGUAGUUAUAGCAACGGAUAAAGGAGUGGAUAAGCAAUAUAUAGAUUAGGCUUCGGAAUUGAGAGAUAAGAUGGCAAAGGCUAUCCAAGCCAAGAAAAUAUUGAAGAUGUUUAAUGAGUAUCCUGCUAGAGAGAUCCCAGAUCCUAUCAAAUGGGACCCCAAGACCAAGAAACCUAUUGAUCCAAUCACAGGGAAACCGAUUGAUCCAUUGAAAUUGGCAUUGUAGAAUCAGAAGAAGAAAAAGAAGAAGGAACCCAAGUUUGUUAUUCCAGAGUGGGCUAAUGAUGUAAAGUCAUUGGAUGAGAACAUCAAGGGUAUCUUUUACAAAUGAUCAUAGGAUUGGAGGGAUUGUUGAAGGAGGCUGAAGUGCUUAAUUUGAAUCAUGAAUUCGUGGAGGAGAGUGUGCAAUAAAUAAAGAGGAUGAAAAAUGAGAUGAGAUACAGGAAGGAAGUGGAUGAAUAAUUGAAAUGGAUUGCUGAUGCCAAGGCUGCUGAAAAAAAGAAAAAUAAAUGA